CAGGCCCUUGAUUGUUGAGAAGGGAGAGAGUGGCGUUGCGCGCUGGCUUGCAGGUGUGUCACUGUCUUCGUCGCCGCUCGGACAUUCAUUCACUUGGUGGUGGUGUUUAGUGUACUGUAGGUGUUACAGUGUCGUGCUCGUGCAGUCGUCACCAUGGCUCCCGGCCACCCCGGAGGACUGACCAAGGACGCGCCGGACAUUGAGAAUGUGCUGGCGCUCAACCCUCGCAUUCCCCGCCAUGCCACGCUGCAGCCCUCAGCCGUCACCAAGGCCAACAAGAUGCACUGGAAGAGGAACAAACCCAAGAACUGCGCGACUCACUGCUCCCUGGAGAACAACUUCGACGACAUCAAGCACACGACCCUGAGCGAGCGCGGCGCCUUGAAGGAGGCAGCUCGCUGCCUCAAGUGUGCUGAUGCGCCCUGCCAGAAAUCCUGUCCCACACAGCUGGACAUCAAGCAGUUCAUCUCUUGCAUCGCUAACAAGAAUUACUAUGGGGCAGCCAAGAUGAUAUUCUCAGACAACCCGCUGGGCCUGACCUGCGGGAUGGUGUGCCCCGUCAGCGACCUUUGCGUGGGCGGCUGUAACCUGUACGCCAGUGAGGAGGGACCCAUCAACAUUGGCGGCCUGCAGCAGUUUGCCACCGAUAUCUUCCGGCAGAUGAACAUCCGCCAAGUGCUUCCGCCUGACGUGCCGGACAACCUUCCUGAAAGCUACCACGCCAAGAUUGCCCUCAUUGGAUGUGGUCCAGCUUCCAUAUCCUGUGCAACAUUCCUGGGCCGCCUUGGGUACCGCAACAUCCACAUCUAUGAGAAGAAUGACUUCGUGGGCGGCCUCAGCUCCUCGGAGAUACCCCAGUACCGCUUGCCCUAUGAGGUGGUCAAGUUCGAGGUGGAUCUGAUGAAGGACCUUGGCGUGCAGGUGUUCACUGGGCGAAAGCUCUCCAUAUCUGACAUCACAGUACAGGGGCUGCAGAAUGAGGGCUAUGAGGCAAUCUUUAUGGGCAUUGGUCUACCACAGCCUAAGAAAAUAGGCAUCUUUGCUGACCUGAACACCAGCAUGGGCUUCUAUACUAGCAAGGACUUCUUGCCUCAGGUCACAGCUGUCAGCAAGACAGGCAUGUGUCAGUGCAAGUCUCAGCUGCCUGAAGUGAAAGGAGUGGUGCUGGUGCUGGGUGCUGGAGACACUGCCUUUGACUGUGCUACGUCUGCUCUUCGCUGUGGUGCCAGGCGAGUCUUUGUUGUCUUCAGGAAAGGCUUCACCAACAUCCGGGCCGUUCCAGAAGAGAUGGAGCUUGCUCGGGAAGAGAUGUGUGAGUUCCUGCCCUUCCUUUCACCCCGUAAAGUACUGACAAAGAAUGGCCGCGUUUCUGGUAUGGAGUUUGUCAGGACAGAGCAGGCAGAGGAUGGCACUUGGCUGGAGGAUGAGGACCAGACUGUGCGGCUCAAGUGUGAUUAUAUUAUAUCUGCUUUUGGCUCAGGACUCUCUGAUAAGGAUGUCCAGGAAGCCCUUGCCCCUGUCAAGCUGAACCGCUGGGGCCUACCUGAGGUGGAUCCCAAUACCAUGGCGACACUCACACAGGGAGUGUUUUGUGGUGGGGAUGUUGCUGGUGUUGCAGAGACCACUGUGGAAAGUGUCAAUGAUGGCAAGACUGCUGCCUGGAGUAUACACAAAUACUUGCAGUCUCUUCAUGGCAUGUUUGUGCCAGAGAAACCUUGCCUGCCAAAGUUCUACACUCCCAUUGAUGAAGUGGACCUCUCCAUCAACAUCUGUGGCAUCAAGUUCCCCAACCCCUUCGGUCUGGCCUCUGCUCCACCCACCACCUCCGGCCCCAUGAUUCGCCGUGCCUUUGAGGCAGGAUGGGGUUUCUGUGUCACCAAGACUUUUGUUUUAGACAAGGACAUAGUAACCAAUGUGUCACCUCGUAUAGUGAGAGGAACCACCUCAGGCCACCUGUAUGGCCCUGGCCAAGGCUCCUUCCUCAACAUUGAACUCAUCUCAGAGAAAACUUGUGCAUAUUGGCUCCAGAUCGUCACAGAACUCAAACAAGACUUUCCUGACAAGGUGCUCAUUGCCAGCAUCAUGUGCAGCUACAAUGAAGAGGACUGGACAGAGCUUGCCCAGCGGGCUGAGGCUGCCGGUGCUGACAUGCUGGAGCUGAACCUGUCUUGUCCACAUGGCAUGGGAGAGCGUGGGAUGGGUCUUGCUUGUGGCCAGGAUGCAGAACUGGUACGCAAUAUCUGCCGCUGGGUGAGAUCUGCUACCAAGAUUCCCUUCUUCGCAAAACUCACUCCUAAUGUCACCAACAUUGUUUCCAUUGCCAAAGCUGCAAAGGAAGGAGGUGCUGAUGGAGUGACGGCCACCAACACAGUGUCUGGUUUGAUGGGACUAAGGCCAGACGGGUCAGCAUGGCCCUCCAUUGGCAAGGAGAAGAGGACCACCUAUGGAGGAGUUUCAGGUAACGCCAUCCGCCCCAUUGCUCUGCGUGCCGUCACUGCCAUCGGCCGAGCCUUGCCAGGCUUCCCAAUUUUGGCCACAGGUGGGAUAGACUCUGCAGAUGCAGGACUGCAGUUCCUUUUGGGUGGUGCCUCAGCCCUUCAGGUUUGCAGCUCAGUGCAGAACCAAGAUUUUACUGUGAUCGAAGACUACCUGAUGGGGCUCAAGGCCCUCCUCUACCUCAGGACCUUGAAGUCCAAGAAGGACUGGAUGGGACAGUCUCCCCCAACACCAAAACACCAGCUUGGCAAGUCUGUGGUGCAGCUCAGUGAUGUGGUGGGCGAAAGCUUACCCAGUUUUGGCCCAUACAAAGAGGAGAAAGAGAAGAGGAUAGCCAACCACAAGAUCAGCCUUGGCUUGCCACAGACACAACUUCAGCCACGUUUGACAGAAAACCCUGAGGGUUACAUCCCAACCUUGGAAGAUCUGGUGGGUUUGGCACUACCCAUGGUGGGCGCUUAUGGAGAGUUGGACAACAGCCAACAGAAGGUGGCACUCAUUGAUGAGGACAUGUGUAUCAACUGUGGUAAGUGCUACAUGACCUGCAAUGACUCUGGGUACCAAGCCAUCCUUUUUGACCCCAAGACUCACCUAACCAAGGUUACAGAUGACUGCACUGGCUGCACCUUGUGUGUGUCCGUGUGCCCAAUCAUCGACUGCAUCCAAAUGGUGGAGCGCACGACACCCUACAUACCAAAGCGAGGCAUCCCUCUGGAGAAGGGAGUGGUGCCACGCAUUGCAGCUGUGGCGCCUCCUGAUAUGCCCGUAGCCUGAGGAUGGGGGAGACAACCACCUUCUUAGUCCAGCCUUGUCUGUGAAGGCCUAGAGAUGGGAAGAGAGAGGAAACACUAAUUCAUAUGAUGUUAGUUACUGUAAAUAUUUUUUCAAAGUAUUAGCUGGUCAAGUCUUGAUAAAUAUUGUCACAAAGUAUUAGCUGGUCAAGUCUCUAUUUUCUUACAUUUUUUCCUAGUCUUAUUGUUCUAAUCUUCCAAAUGGUAGAUAUUCAGUAGUAGAAAUUUAUUUGAUUACUAUCUGCUAGUAGUAGUUGUUACCCAUGGAACCAUAAUAACUGGAUUAUUUGAUGCUGCUUCAAAGUUUGGUGAUGGUCUAUAGAAUAUUUCAGUUUCCAUUCAAGGCUGCUCUAAGCUUUGAAGCCAGUGACAACCUAUCACAUCAUUUCAUAAUCAAAAUCUGUUUGUGAAAAAUUAAGAAUCUGCUGAUGCUGGUCUGCAUCCUGGACAGUGGAUUGUGAAAUUGGUUAUUGUUCUAAAGAAUUCAAGUCUGAUUGCAGAUGAAUAAUAAAAAAAAUCAUUCACUUGCUGAUAAGUUUCACCUACUGCUAGCUCCCUUCUUAAAGUAAUUUAAGAUUUCAGAAUUUGUGCCCAUUGUUCUGAGCUCAUAUGUACCAUUAUCUUUUCCAUAGUUAGAAUGCUUUCCCUGUGGUUGGGGGAAUUCUGCAGCCAGGUUGAAAUAAUACUUUCACAACAUUCUCCAUGUUUCACUGAAAUGCAUAUUACAUGGAUACUGGGGAUUCACUCAUCUAUUUACAUCUAUUGAAGAGGCAUCUCUCUGUUGGAUAUGGAUAGACACUUGCAGAACUGGCAUUGAGAGCAGUUGUUGCUGACUACCUAAGUGAUCAACACACACACACACACACACACACACACACACACACAGUAAUCCCUCGACUAUUGCAGGUUCACCUAUUGUGCCCUCACAGCACAUAGUGGAUCUUUCUGGCUGAUAUACCAUAUAUUUCAGAAGAUAAGGCAACUUUCAAAUAAGAUGACCCCCAAAUUUCAGUCUGAAUUUAAUAGUUUUAGCCGAUAUUGGUGGUAUAAGAUGACACCCAAGUUUGGGUCAGUGAGCACCAGACAAAUGGUGAUAUACCAGUACAACGAAAGAAUACCAUGAAUGUAUUACCAGUAAUAAGGUACCAUCAUCUUCAAGUGCAAAACUAAGCCUAAAAUAAAAUUCCCACCAGAUAUUUUUGUACAUUUUCAUGAAAAGGGUGGAUGGACAAAGAUUGUGUAAAAAUUAUGUAUUAUACAAUCAGUUUUCCUAAACCUUUGCCUUGUGCCACCUACGUAUGUCAGGCUGUCAGCCGCAAUCUUCUAUGUUUCCUUUGAUUAGAUACACUGACAUUCUUGAAAUAUUCUCUCAGUAUAUGGACACCGUCCUUAUAUAACAUUGCAAGCUGGAGAGAUGCAUCUUCUCUCCCAGUUUGCUUUCCUUUGCUGCUUAGCUUGGGAUUCCAUGCCUUGAAGAUCUUUAUAUAGCUCCUUCAGUUUUGGGAAAAGCAGAGAAUAUUCACACAGCCUUCUGUCUUGUUCAUUCAUAAACAAUGCCAGCAAUGUUGUACUUGUACUACAUUAAAUUUUCUUUACACACUUUUCAAUGAGAAAAACAUUUCAGCUCAUUUUCUCAAAACGGACUCCUAUUUUACUGUCUAACCUCCUCAAAAGGUUGUUGUUUAUUUACAAAGGUCAUUGUUUUUGUAUCUGAUGUAUAGGGUGACCCACCUUUUGUGUCCACCUUUUGUGUCUUUUGUUUAUAGGAUCAUUCAAGUGUCAUCUCAUGCGCCAAAAUAUACAGUAUGUAACUGUAUAUCGUGGGCUGCUCAGAAUAUCGCAGGUUUUUGCAGCCAAUUGGUAUUUAUAUUCUUUUUGGAUUUUAAUUAUUUCUGUGAUAAAAUAAGUAUUUUCUAGCCUAAAAUUUAAUAAAUUAAUAAAUAGAAAUGCUCUAUUGUAAUUCAUAGAGAUGAAGCUCUGUACCCUUGAUUCAACUUAAGGUAUAUUUUGGUGAUAAGAUGACUUUCAGAUAAGAUGAUCCCCAAAUUGACUUUAUUGGUUUUUUGACUGAUAAUGGUGGUAUAAGAUGACAUCCAAACUACCAAACCACCUCUGGUGAGGUUUAGGUCAGUGAGCACCAAACAACUGAGACAGUGAUAUACCAGUACAAUGAGUACAAUGAAUAAAAUACCUUCUUCGUCUUAAGGGGAACUGAAAAUAAAAUUCCCACCAGGUACUUUUGUACAUUUUCAGGAAAAGGAUGAAGAUGGUGUAAAAUUAUGGAUAGGCAAUGUGCAGUAUGAUCAGUUUUUCUAAACAAAAACAAACUCUUGCCUUGUGCCACCUGCAUGUCAGGCUAUUGGCUGAAAUCUUCUCCUAUGCAUCAUCACCUACAUUGUUCAGUACUGCACAGCUAAUCAUCAUCAUCAUCAUCAUCAUCAAUCAAGUUGUAGAUCUUCACGGGUGAGUGUACCAAAUUUAUUUAUUAAUUUUUUUUAAUACAUAAGGAUGUGUCUAAAAGUAAGUUUGAGUUUUAAAAAGUGUUUAAGAAUGUAAAAAAGGUUUAUAAGCGUGGAGAGAGUUUAUAACAGCUUAAAUAUAUAAAAUAAUAAAAUUAAUAUACACAAAUUAUAAAAA